AGACCAGCCCCAAUAACCUAGUGAGCUGUCUCACAAAAAAACUUAUAGCAGAUUUUGAACUCAAUUCAUUCAAGCAGUUUUACAACAAUGAUGAAAAGGUGCAAACCAGUGGCAAUGCCAAGACAAGAAUGGUAUGAGUUGGAGAGUGAGCUUGAGCAUCCAUAAGCACCAGAAAACCUACUUCAGCUUCACCAGAAAACUUACUUCAGCUUCAAGAUAAGUCCCUUGCACAGAAAUUCUGUAAUUUUAAUAAUUUAGACAGUUCCAAUAGCACUACAGGCCUCAGGUCUAUUCUCCAGUAUUAUAAAAUCUUUUCAAUGAACACCUUGUCUCAGAUUUUGCUUUGACCUCUUUUUAUUCCUGGAUUUCAGAACCAUGUGUGCUCAGUACUGCAUCUCCUUUGCCGAUGUUGAAAAAGCUCAUAUCAACAUUCGAGAUUAUAUCCACCUCACACCAGUGCUAACAAGCUCCAUUUUGAAUCAAGUAGCAGGGCGCAAUCUUUUCUUCAAGUGUGAACUCUUUCAGAAAACUGGAUCUUUUAAGAUUCGUGGUGCCCUUAAUGCUAUCAGAGUCUUAACACCUGCCACUUUAAAAGGGAAACCCAAAGCUGUUGUUACUCACAGCAGUGGAAAUCAUGGCCAGGCUCUCACCUAUGCUGCCAAACUAGAAGGGAUUCCUGCUUAUAUUGUGGUGCCCCAAACAGCUCCCAACUGUAAGAAAUUGGCAAUACAAGCCUAUGGAGCCUCUAUAGUAUAUAGUGAACAGAGUGAUGAGUCCAGAGAAAAGGUUACAAAAAGAAUUAUGGAAGAAACAGAAGGCAUCAUGGUACAUCCCAACCAGGAGCCGGCAGUGAUAGCUGGGCAAGGGACAAUUGCACUGGAAGUGUUGAAUCAGGUUCCCUUGGUAGAUGCACUGGUGGUGCCUGUAGGGGGAGGAGGAAUGGCUGCUGGAAUAGCAAUUACAGUUAAGGCUCUGAAACCUAGUGUGAAGGUAUAUGCUGCUGAACCCUUGAAUGCAGAUGACUGCUACCAGUCCAAACUGAAAGGGGAACUGAUCCCCAAUCUCCAUCCUCCAGAAACCAUAGCAGAUGGUGUCAAAUCCAGCAUUGGCUUAAACACGUGGCCUAUUAUAAGGGAUCUUGUGGAUGAUGUAUUCACUGUCACAGAGGAUGAAAUUAAGUAUGCAACCCAGUUGGUGUGGGAGAGAAUGAAACUACUCAUUGAACCUACCGCUGGUGUUGGAGUAGCAGCCGUGCUGUCUCAGAAUUUCCAAACAGUUUCUCCAGAAGUAAAGAACAUUUGUAUUGUGCUCAGUGGUGGAAAUGUAGACUUAACCUCGCUAACUUGGGUCAAACAGGCUGAAAGGCCAGCUCCUUAUCGGUCUGAUUUUGUUUAAUUUA